AUGGCACAAGCAAAGCCCUGGCUUUCGAGAGAAGGCUUCACAGCAGACGUGCUGGGAAACAUCAUCUCCAAAACCCUCCUAGACCCCUGGAAAAUACUCCCCCUCUUCGUCCUUUCCAAAUACACGAUCAAAGGCCGUGACCUCAGCAAAACCCACCCAAACCUCCAAAAAGCCCUCCAAGCCCUAACAACCAUAUCCCUUCUCACAAACCUAGAAGCCUACCUGGACCACCGAAUCCAAAACAACAACCAAAAAGACCCCUACAACUGGAACAAAGAAGUAAUUAUCCUAACAGGCGGGAGCACAGGGAUAGGCCGACAGAUCGCCCAGCAACUAGGCACAAAAGAAAUCAAAGUGGCCAUCCUAGACAUCUCCCCGCCAGACAUAACAAGCACCUCCCUACCCAACAGCGUCCGCUUCUACGAAUGCGACAUAACAAACCCAGAAACAAUAGCCACCACAGCAACCUCAAUCCGCAACACCCUCGGCCGCCCAACAAUCCUAAUAAACAACGCGGGAAUCUGCACAGCGAAGACAAUCCUCUCCACAUCCCCGGCCCAGACACACCGCAUGUUCGCUGUAAACACCUUCUCCCACUACCAUCUCGCGCAGGAAUUCCUGCCGGACAUGAUAUCCCAUAAUCACGGCAUGGUCGUGACGAUCGCCUCGCAGGCGGGGUAUACCGUGACGCCAAACAUGGUCGAUUACAGUGCCUCCAAGGCGGCAGCCAUUGCAUUCCAUGAGGGGUUAGCGGCGGAGCUUCUUACGCGGUAUGCGGCCCCGAGGGUGCGUACUGUGCUUGUUACGCAGGGAUUUACUAGGACCGGGUUGAUUAAGGAUCUUACACCUGAGGAUACUUGGUUUAAUCCGCUGCUUUGUCCCGAGAGUGUUGCUGAGGGGGUUGUUGGGCAGGUACUUAAGGGGGAGAGUGGGCAUGUUUUGAUUCCCGGGUCUGCUGGGUGGAUUUCUAGGAGGCUUCGGGGGUUGCCGCUUUGGUUUCAGCAUCUGUUGAGGUGUCGGUUGGAGAGGUUGAUGCGGGCUGAGUAG